UAACAUUAUCAUUCAACGCAUGCGGUGUGGCCGAAAGGCCUUUCGGCCUUCUUAAAUCACUAUAUAAUUCGAAGGUAUCUCAUUGUUUGUAUCAUUCAGUGCAGCACUAGCUCAGUGAAAACAAUCAAAAUGUUCAAGUCAAUCAUCGUCUUCGCCUGCAUGUUGGUGGCAGCUAUCGCUGACCCCAAGCCUGGUGUGCUGUACAGCGCUGCGUACACAGCGCCGGUGGCUGCGGCGUACACCGCUCCCGUGGUGUCGGCCGCCUACACCGCGCCCCUCGCCUACUCCGCGUACACCGCACCCCUCGCCGCGUACUCCGCCUACCCCUACGCCUCACCCUACGCCGCGUACUACCUGCGCAAGUGAAACGUAUCAAACUAUCAAACAACGACUUUAGCAAUGAAAUAAAUUAGACGAUGAAUCUUAAA